ACAGAGAUCCGCCCGCCUCUGCCUCCCGAGUGCUGGGAUGAGGGCGGGCGCCGCCUCCCAGCUCACCAGGUCCAUUUUCCCUCCCCUGGGGACGCGAUGCCGACCGGCGGGCGGGCGACCUGGUUCUCCAGUCCCUGUCGGGGCCGUGGUCAUCUGGUGCUUGGCCCCGGGGCCGGGCUGCUUUCCUGACCGGUGCUUUCCUGCGAGUCAGUGUUGUGCGUGUGUAACAGGCUCCCCACGGCUAGCCCAGGCUAUCCCGGAGUCACUGGGCAGCCCGUCCUGGUUCUGCUCUUCCACCGCCUUCGGUGGGAGUUCCUGCCGGGGACCACUCCCAUGGACGGUGUGCGUUCUUCAGUGUGAAAAUGAGAGCCCACAACCCGCAGUUUACACAUAAGUAGCCGAUUACGGAGAAUAGGAUAGUAGAGUUGCCGACGGAAUUAGAGAGAGAUUUCAGACAAAGUCUGGUUUUCAACAAUGCUGAAAUCAAGCAAUUGCUUUUUUUCCAUGGAUAAUUUGUUUUUCAGUAGCCCAGAUGAAACUGAAAACCUUCCAGUUAAGGAAAAAUCACUGGAUUGGUUUCUCCCUCCAGCUCCACUGAUUUCAGAAAUUCCAGAUACUCAGGAGUUAGAGGAAGAAAUUGAAAGUUAUAAACUGUUAAGCCAAGGAAAGAUGCCAAAAAUGAUAGCAUCAAAUCUGAAGAUCAUUAAUGAAGACAAAAGUUGUAUUUCACCAAUACAAAAAUUCCAUUUUCCCUGUAAUGUGCAUAAACAGGAUCACCUGAAAUUAGGAGGAUCAAGUAACAAUGACUCAUCCCAUAUUGCUGGCACACUGUUCUAUGGCUCUUCUCAGAAGUAUAAAGAUCACAUGGGCACUGAGAAUCCACCUGCAAAGAGUGGUCCUGGGGAUCUGAAAUUCCCUAACGCUGCAGAAGAUAGAGGAAAGUACACCUCAGCAUUCAAAAAAGGAUUAUUUAGAACAUGUGACAAUAUACAUGAAUGUGAUUUUGCUAAUGAAAAUAUAAACUUGGAUUCUCAUAUUAGCCCAGUGAAGCUAGCCCAAACAAAAAUAAACAAAGAGAAAUCAUGGAACAGUAGCAAUAGUAAGCAGAAACUUCAAUAUUCUACAAAUAAAUUGAAAGCAAAUGAUGCUUUUUCUGCUUCUGAAACUGGAGAAAACAUAUUCAAAGUGCCAUCCUUUUCCAUUGCGUCUCAGCCUCAUGACAUUCAAGGUAUAACCCCAAAUGGCUUAGGUUCCUUGAAGGCUGUCACAGAAAUCCCGGCAAAAUUUAGAAGUAUAUUCAAAGAAUUCCCUUACUUCAACUACAUACAAUCCAAAGCCUUUGAUGAUCUUCUUUACACAGAUAGGAAUUUUGUGAUUUGUGCCCCCACUGGUUCUGGGAAAACUGUAGUGUUUGAACUUGCGAUAACAAGAUUGUUAAUGGAAGUACCAUUGCCAUGGCUCAACAUGAAAAUUGUUUACAUGGCACCAAUAAAAGCCCUUUGUAGUCAGCGGUUUGAUGAUUGGAAAGAAAAAUUUGGACCAAUAGGCUUGAGUUGUAAAGAACUUACUGGAGAUACAGUAAUGGAUGACCUAUUUGAGAUCCAGCAUGCCAAUAUAAUUAUGACAACUCCAGAAAAGUGGGACACCAUGACUAGGAAGUGGAGAGACAACUCUUUAGUCCAGCUGGUUCGACUGUUUCUCAUUGAUGAGGUGCAUAUUAUAAAAGAUGAAAACCGUGGUCCAACUCUUGAGGUUGUAGUUAGCAGAAUGAAAACUGUACAGUCUUUAUCCAGGGCCUUAAAAAAUGCCAGCCCUGUUCCUAUGAGAUUUGUAGCUGUAUCUGCAACAAUUCCCAAUACUGAGGAUAUCGCAGAAUGGCUUUCGGAUGGCGAGAGACCUGCUGUAUGUCUGAAAAUGGAUGAGAGCCAUAGACCUGUGAAACUUCAGAAAGUGGUCCUGGGUUUCCCCUGUAGUAGUAACCAAACUGAAUUCAAGUUUGACUUAGCCCUCAACUAUAAAGUGUACAGUGUUAUACGAACAUACUCGGAUCAGAAGCCCACACUUGUGUUUUGUGCAACAAGGAAAGGUGUGCAGCAGGCUGCUUCUGUUCUUGUAAAAGAUGCUAAAUUUAUUAUCACAGUGGAGCAGAAACUGAGGUUACAGAAGUCUGCAUAUUCUAUAAGGGAUUCAAAAUUAAAAGAUGUCUUGGUGUGUGGUGUUGGUUACCACCAUGCUGGGAUGGAGCUCUCAGAUAGGAAACUGGUUGAAGGACUCUUUACUUCUGGAGAUCUCCCGGUUCUUUUCACUACCAGUACUCUGGCUAUGGGAGUGAACCUGCCGGCUCACCUGGUAGUGAUAAAGUCCACAAUGCACUACAGUGGAGGCAUGUUUGAGGAGUACAGCGAGACGGACAUUCUGCAGAUGAUCGGGAGAGCCGGCAGACCUCAGUUUGACACUACAGCUACUGCCGUUAUUAUGACCCGAUUAAGUACGAGAGAGAAGUACAUUCAGAUGUUAACUUGCAACGACACUGUAGAAAGCAGUUUGCACAGACAUCUUAUUGACCAUUUAAAUGCAGAGAUAGUACUGCACACCAUCACAGAUGUGAGCAUUGCUCUGGACUGGAUCCGAUCAACCCUGCUGUAUAUCAGAGCUCUGAAAAACCCAUCUCAUUAUGGUUUUGUAUCUGGAUUGAACAAAGAUGGAAUCGAAGCAAAAUUACAAGAAUUAUGUUUGAAGAAUCUGAAAGAUUUAUCAUCACUAGACUUGAUAAAAAUGGAUGAAGAUGUUUUUUUCAAACCAACAGAGGCAGGAAGACUAAUGGCUUGGUAUUAUAUUACAUUUGAGACAGUGAAGAAAUUUUGUACAAUCAGUGGAAAAGAAACUUUAUCCGAUUUAAUUUCAAUGAUAGCCAGCUGCAAUGAGUUUCUAGACGUGCAGCUGAGGAUAAAUGAAAAGAGAGCAUUGAAUGCUUUAAACAGAGACCCAAACCGGAUAACGAUCAGAUUUCCAAUGGAUGGGAAAAUUAAAACAAGAGAAAUGAAAGUGAACUGUCUUAUUCAGGCGCAGCUGGGAUGCAUUCCUAUCCAAGAUUUUGCUUUGACACAAGAUACCUCGAAAAUUUUCAAAAAUGGCUCACGAAUUGCAAGAUGGUUGUCAGAUUUUGUGGCUUCCCAGGAAAAGAAGUUUGUUGUGCUUUUAAACAGUGUGAUUUUAGCUAAAUGUUUUAAGUGUAAACUCUGGGAAAACUCCCGGCAUGUAUCCAAACAGCUGGAUAAAAUUGGCAUAUCAUUGUCAAAUACCAUGGUAAAUGCAGGUUUGACUUCUUUUAAAAAAAUAGAAGAAGCAAAUGCAAGAGAAAUUGAACUGAUUUUAAGCAGACAUCCGCCUUUCGGAACCCAGAUAAAAGAAGCUGUGAUGUAUCUACCAAAGUAUGAACUUGAAGUGGAGCAGAUUGCAAGAUAUAGUGAUACCAAGGCGGAAAUACUGGUGACCAUUAUAUUAAGAAACUUUGAACAGCUGCAAACUAAAAGAACAGCACCAGACUCUCACUAUGUUACCUUAAUCAUAGGUGAUGCAGAUAAUCAAGUCGUUUUUAAGCACAAAAUUAUGGAUUCUGUUUUGUUAAAAAGUGGAAAUUGGGCUAAAAAAAUUGAUGUGAAGAGAGCUCUUACAUCUGAAGAUCUUAGCAUAAAUCUAAUUAGUUCUGAUUAUGUUGGUCUUGAUAUUCAGCAGAAAUUUACAGUCUUUUACUUAGGACCCAGAAGGUUUGUAAACCAAACAGUUAUGCAAGGAAGACUAGAAACGGAUAUUUCUCAUUCUAAACUCUCAGACAGAGCUACUAUAGCAGGAUCCAGUAAAGGGAUGACUACCUGCAAAAAACCUGGGAACCGAGAAUGCAAUCAUCAUUGUAAAAAUAAACACAUGUGUGGACAUGACUGCUGUAAAAUUGGAGUUCCACAAAAGCCAGAAGUUAAAGAGUCAGCAAUGUCUUCGUAUUUGUCUGACUUAAAAAGCAGAAAUGCUGUUUCUUCUCUUCCUCCAGUUAAACGACUCAAGAUACAGAUGAACAAAUCUCAAAAUGUGGACCUGAAAGAGUUUGGUUUUACUCCAAGGCCUUCCCUGUCCAGCAUAUCAAGGUCAGAAUAUUUAAACAUCCCUGAAUUACCAGUAUUGGAACAGUGGAGUCAGAGUGAAAUCUAUGGAAAAGUUCAACAGGAACCAUCUGAGUAUCAUGACAAAGAUUUUCUUGGAUGGAACUCUUGCACAACUUCAAAUGAAAAGACUCCUCAAACAAUGAUGUUCAACAGACACACUAACACAUCUGAAAAUCACAGUGUUGCAGAUGAAAACAAGUCUUCUGAAGUUUUGGAUGUGAACUUCGAGUUGGGAAAUGAAGUUUGGGAUGACUUUGAUGAUGAAAGCUUAAUAGAAGUUAUGAGUUUUUCAUCUGAUGCUGAGAAGACAGCUAUAUCAGGAUUUGGAGACACUUGUCGUUCAAGUCCCAGGGGAAGUAAGCUACCCUUCCAGAAGUCAAGCAGCAAAUUCCAAAGAGAAAUCUCAAACAGUUUUGUUUCAUCACAUGAAAAGCCAGAUAUUUAUCCAUCAGAUUGUGCCAUGUCCAAGUUUGGUCCAUCUCUUGUGGCAGAGUUACCUCAACAAACUGGAAACGAAAAUCUUGUCAAUUUACAAGAAAGAAAACAGCCAACUCUCUCACCAGUGAUUGAGAGGGUAUGCUUUACCCACUCUAAGAAAACACAACAGUCCCUCAAUUUUAAGGAAGUGGAUAUUUUUAUUGGAAACAGUGACUCUAAAAAGGAAAUUGAUCUCAGGAGCUCACAGAGGCCAGAGGAAUGUGUCGGACCCCUGGAACUGGAGUUACAGGUGGGUGGUUGUGAGCAGUCAUGUAGGGGCUGGGGACUGAGCCUGGGUUCUCCCAAGAACAGGAGGCACUCUUAGCCGCCACUCUCUCCAGCCGUGUUUCCCUGACUUUGCAGAGCCAUGAGAUCUAAAAACUGUUAUUCUGCCUUUACUAUAGCAAAAGAUAGUUUCUAUUUUUUACCGUAAGUCUCAUCUCACGCGUAUUUAUUGAGAAGUAAGAAUUUAGGCUAGUUUCUAAUUUACUGUAUAAAUAAUAGGUUAAGUGGGAACCACUUAAAUUUUAGAACAAUGAUUUGUCUCUGUGCAUAAAGAUUUAGAGGCCAGAGAAGGAAAGAAGAGGAGCUUGUUAGUGAAAUGAUUAUUGUCACUACUAACAAACAUUAUUAGGAAUAUGUACUACACCUCCCUCAAAAGCCUAGAACAAAGCUAAGAAGUCUGUCUUCUGUUAAGGAAGUCUGCCUGCCUUUAUGAUUGGUGUCUCUGUAUCUGAACCCAUCAUACACAACCUUUAAAGAUUCUUCAGAUCUAUUAAAAUGAAAAAUGGACACACUAAAACAUGUUUAUCUUCUUCUUUGGUACUAAAGAAAUAACAAUUCAUUUCCGUGUGAUCUGUUAAGUGAAAAGCACUGUAUUUGGUCCUGCAAAGGAU